UGUGUAUAAAGUGUGUAUAUUAAUGUGUACUCAUGAAAGUUGGACAUGUAUUGUUAUUAGAAUAUGGAUUUCUCAAGCUUCCUAAUAAUAUGUCAUUGGGGAUGAAACUAUUAUGAGGAUGCUGGGCAAAUAUGCAUUCAAGGUGGUAGAACCAGCUUUGUAAUGGUUUCUCGUGGCACAUGCAUGCUGGAGAUCCUUCAAAAAAUAUAUGCAGCCGCAAUGAUUCAUCCUAGCCGUUCUUUGCGCUUGAAAAUGAAAUUUCCCAUGAACGGGGGAAAGUACAUGCUUAUGCCCCUCAUUGAUGAGCUAGCUAUAACGAAUAUGUGGGGCAUAACUCAAAUGGAGGAUAUGUCGACGCUUGAGAUAUACAUUGAGGAAUCCUGUGACGCUUAUGGUACUCAAUCAACAUCAAAUGUUGUCGUAUCGACGCAUGAUGUCAAUGCAGGGGUGAAUGCAGGGAACUCCUCAAAGGCUCCCGUACCGGACAUGGUUAUACAGGAAGAUGGUAGGUAUUUGCACAACGGUGCAUCAUUUGUGGAUGGGCAGGGAAGUGAUGAUGGUGCUGACAAGAACUGGACAUUAUUGGGGAUGGUACGGUGAUGACCUGGACAGGUUUUUCCGACAAAUACUUUCUUAAGAUUGUUGGGGAAUUAUUCUCGCCACCUGCACCGGUCGACGUCUUCCGACAAACCGCUUCUUAGCUUCUUUCUUCCUCUCCGGAAACUUCCAACGGCAAGUCUGAGCGUGGUUGUCGCCCUCUUCUGCUCUCUUCCGGAAACUAGUUCCUGCACACGAAAAUAACAAGAAAGACAAUUGCUCGAGACGCGUCAGACGCUGUCCUUAAGAAAGUAUUUCCGGUGGCCGGAAAUCUUUCCCCAGGAUACAACAAGCCCAUCGGCGAAUCGCCGGACGCGGAACUACGAGGAUAGAAUUUAUCAUUUUGUAAUCCAGCAGUGUUUAAAGAUAUGAUAUAUGGGGUGUUUGUAUACUUCGUACAACUCCAUAGAAGAAGAAUAAAAUAUAUGUCAAUGAGUAUACGAAGUAUAUGAAAGAAGAAAGCUCAAGAGCCUUUGAGAAGAUAAAGUUUGCUGGGAAUAGUUUCAAGUAGGGCAGCUCGUAU